AGUAUCAUUCAAGUUAAUAUUUUGUAAAAAAUUGAAUAAAUUUCUAAAAUUCAUUGUAUAUACGUCGUGCUGCGUGAUGAAGAUGUCUUAAUUAGUCUUCCUAUACAUACACCCCUAUGUUCGGUAUAGUAACCAAUAGCAACCCUUAGAAUACAAAGAUAAUAUCGUAGUACGGAAUUGUAGUUUUAUAAAUAAAACUUUAUUAACGUUAAAUAAACAUUUCAUCCGUGAUAAAUGAAUACAUUAAAUACGAAAAAAUAUUCAAUAACUAUCAUAGUGCAGUAUAUAAUAUUACUAUUUGAUAUUCUAGUUAAUUCGUUUGCUAAUUUCUCACAACAAAAUCCAAUUAAUUUAUUAAUUCUUUACAUGGUUCAAGAUAUUUGUCUCAUUGCAACUCUAACAAUUUUGUUAGUUAAUUUCUUUUCAACCUACAUUUUUCAGAUAGGAUUAAUACAGUUAUUGUACACAAAAUUUCGUAUAACAUUAAUAUUAUGUAUUUUAUACAUGAUAUUAAGUAUUAGUCUUCAUAUAUGGGACAUUAAAGUACAUUGGUCAUCACCUUUCAAAUACCAUUGGACAAAAGACUUCCAUGUUCUUUAUUCAGUGCACAAAGGAGUUGCAGUUUUAUAUUACUAUUUCUAUAAAAGAGCAUCCCUUAGAAUCGCAGAUCCUAGGUUCUAUGAAAGUUCCACAUGGAUUCAAAAUCAAUUCAGUCUUUCAUAGUUAAUCUUUGAGAUAAAUAACAAUUAUUUUCAGAAAUGUAAAAUAAAGAAGAUACAUGCUUCUUAUAGUUUUAUGUAAAUUUUGU